UUCUGACACGAAAAGGUCAUUAUUUUGGCUCUAUAGCAUUCCCCAUUGACUGUAGCAUUAUGCUCAUUCUUGGUCGCACAAUGGCAAAACGGUAUGAAAUUUGCGCGAACAACCUUGAAGAGAUGUAAGAGCAGCAUGCAAAGACAUCAACAAAAGGCAAACGACAUGUGAACUAGUAAGCAAUAAAAUACGAAAAAAGCAAUAAAAAGGAAAACAAAAAAGGAAGGGGAGAAGAAAAGUAGACGCCCCGCAAGUCUCAGCGUGUAAAAGAGACACUUGUAGAAAGUGUGAAGAGAGAGUGAGCAACGGCGUUGACAGCUUGUGAUGCCACCACAAUACUAUACAUAUAUAUACGAACUGAUAAUUGACAAUACGUACAACAACAACAAGUGCACAAGAAUAGAAAAUUUUUCGGGAUAAAAAGUGAGCAGGCAAAUAGCGGAAAUGAAUAGAAUCGGAAGCAAAAGCACAAUUAAAUUUCCUCACAACAAAAUCCCAAGUAAUCAGUGCAGAAUGUAAUGAAAAAGUGUUACAUACAAAUAAAGAAAUCCAAAUUAAAAGCGCUGCAGAAGCUCAUUAAAGCAAUCUUUUGAGUGAAAGAUUUAUGCGAAAUAUUUUUCCCCAUUUUUUUUUUUUGUAGUGUAUGCAUGUAGUGGGAGUAUAGUGUGAAGUGUUGUUAUGCGUAAGAAGCUUUAAAUUCACCUUUCUCUAAUCAGCCAGCUAGCUUUUGAAAGAAAAUCUAACUUCCAGCGUUUCCUCUUAAAAAUAACGUUAAUCUCAGAUUUACUUGUCUUCGCUUGAAGCAGGAAAAUCAAAUAAGUUUAUACAAAGUAAUUUAAAUUUGAAAUUGUGCAGUUAUUAAGCCCACAGACACGUUUAACGAACGCUUUAUAAAACUUUGAAAACAUAAGCGCACUUAAGCUCAGUCGACAAGCUUACAGAGUUAAAUCAAAUAAUAGCAGUUACUGCUGAUAGUUGGUUGCCCAAGCAGCCGUGUGUGUAAGCAUUUGGCGAGCAUCUACAGUUGCCGUCGUCAGCCGUAUUCAGAAUGACCGACUUGGAACGCAUAAGACUGGCUAUGCUGGGCGGUGCUGGUGUGGGCAAAAGUUCCAUCAUCAAACGUUUCCUCUUCAAGACCUAUACGGACAAAUAUCGUGCCACGGUCGAGGAUCUCUUUAGUCGGGAAUAUGAUUUGGGCGGCGUCACACUGAAGGUUGACAUUUUAGACACUUCCGGUGAUAUGGAACUUUCCGCUAUGCGCCGCCUGUCCAUUGCCACCGCCCACGCUUUCAUGCUGGUCUAUGCGUCUACGUCAGCGUCGAGUUUUCAAUGUGUCAAACAGUGUUUUCAGGAGAUACGUGAGCAGCGGGCCGACUAUCAGAAUAUUCCCAUUGUUAUCGCCGGCAAUAAAUCUGAUUUGGCCAACACACACCGAGAGGUGCGACUGGAAGAAGUCACGGACUGGGUCUACUGUGAAUUGCCGCGACUAAGAGCGAAAGUGCUGGAGUGCUCUGCCAAGGAGGAUCAAAACGUGACUGACCUGUUCAAAACGCUGCUGUCUCUAUCGCGAUUUCUGCCCGUCGGGAGCAAUAAUGACGGCACAAGUGGACUCAAGCGACGCUCUUCGGCAUAUGUUAGCGCAUCGUCAAGUAGAAACAAGAAUCGCAAUGCUAGUCCUUCCGUUUCGGGUGGUAAAAAAUCCAGCUUAGUGGAAGCUGUGGACCCAGCCACAAGCUGUGGCGAUGCCAAGCUGAAGCCCAGAUCUAGGUCACUCAUACGCCGUGUUUCACGCAAAACCAAACAGCAAAUCCACAACGCGUCCGAUGACUGUAAUUUGCAAUAAUGCAGCGGAAGAAGAAUUGCAACGCCAGUUAUAAAAGUUUAGCUUGGGCGAAGCUGUUGAUCCAGCCACCAGUAGCGGCGAUGCCAAAUCAAAGCUAAGUUUUAGAUUCAUACACAUAUUCCUCUUACUUUGGUUGGAUGCUCAUCAAAUGAAUGACUUAGAUAUAAGAAAUGUUCUGCUAAUUGCAGGUCACUCGAACGCCAUGUCUCAUGAAAAAUCAAACAGCAAAUCAACAACACGCUUUAUAAUUGUAAUUUGCAAAGCAGCGGAGGAAGUAGACAUGAUUGGUUGAAAGUUGUUGGAGCGGCGCAAGCAAAUAAA